AUGCCUUUUGGAUCACCCAGGGCUUCUACGACGUCCAUUGAUGAGAGUGGAAAAAUGAAAGUCACGACGAAUUCAGAUACGCGGGAUAGUCUUGAGGAUGAGAGAAUGAGCUAUUUUACCAUGCUCACAACUUCGCCAUCAGAUUGGCAACUUAUUUUGAAUGAAAAGUUGGCACUAAUCGAUUGGGAUGCCAAAGCGAGUACACUGGCACAGCCUUGCGGGAAUGCUUUGACAAUUCUAUUUUUUAUUAUACGUCUCCUACAGGACAAUUUGAUUAAACCAAAUUUUCUCAAGUUGAAUGCUGUUGGCGAUGCUUUCGAUUUUGCAAAGUCUGAGAAGUUGAGGCGGUAUGAUUACCUUUUGGAAUAUUCCAUUAAGUCAGGAAAUGCAGCAAAAUCAAAAGGGGAACUGUAUUUUAUAUCCCUCGGACGACUGGCGAGAAUACUUGAUGUGUCGAUAAAGGUUCUCAUUGUAUGGAAUAUUUUAUCAACAUACCGUUUUUUAUGUGUUUUUUACAAGACAUACUCACUGUUUCAUCUACAAAGCAUUCCAAAAUCAGACAAUUUGACGAAACACAGUUUAACUGGAAUAAGCAACGAUGAAGCAAGGUACCAGAGACUAGCUAAUGGGUCUUUGUGGAGCUUGGUCAAGUCUCUAUUUUUGCGUGAUGGUAGAAGUGGUCAAGUUGAUGGAUAUUCUAAUGAGAGUAAGUAUUAUUACAAAUUAAGGAAGUGGGCACCAUCAAAAUUUAGCGCAGUUUUUUUCGUAUCAUUUCCACCAACGUGUAUUGCCUUCUUGUUCUUUUCGGAGGUUUCCUUUAGAACGCUUUUUGCAGUAAUAAUACAUCAGUACCUUCUCUACUUUCUCGUCACUAAACGCUAUGAGCAGAGGUUAACAGAUGAUUUAAUUACAGUAAGUGCUGCAAAUGCGGAAAUUGACGAGAAGUUUAUAAAACCGAGGUUUUCAAAAGUACAUCAGGAUGUACAAGUUGAUGCAACCCCCUACGGCAAUGGAUAUGUCCGGUUUUUUCCACCGUCAAAUAAAUCGCAUCUAUUCAAGGCACAUUCUCUUGAUGGAAGUGUAAUCACCGAGCAAUACAAUACAGAUACUGAGCAGUUUGAUACACUUUCUGCAGAGCUGGACGUAACUCAAAAUACGAUUGUCAAGCCGCCACACCUUCAUCCGUAUAUGUUUUACAGAGAUCCCUAUCACCCUCAUUACGACAGGUUUCGGCAAGCUGGGCAAAAUAUUUGCUACAGUCGAGAGGGAAGCCCAACAAGGAUGAGUACACCGCCAGGAUUUUAUUCACCGGCAGUGUCUACCGCUUCUGGAAUGUCUACACCCUAUUUUAGACCAGAAAGAUCCUCAACAUUUAUGAACGCUGUCCCCGCUAAACAAACCAUGAAUAAUAAGAACUCUGUAGGAGUGACUCAAUCGAGAAAAGGCUCUAAAAGUCCUCUGAGACUGUCACUUUUGUCAACCAGGAAUUCGGGCGAUGAAGAUAUAAAACGAAUGAGAAUACCAAAAUUGUCACUAUCAUCUAGAAGCUCUAGCAAAAGUCCGACACGUUGA